AUAGAGAGGGGGAACUAGUGCUGGGUGAGGGGGGAGGUAAGAGGGGACUUCUUUGGGUUUUAUCUCCAGCACGGCCCUGAGAUACCUCUGGGGCCAAUGCAGGGCCAGGCCAGGGAAAGGCGUGGUGGGUGGAGCUGAGCUGGAGAAGAAGGAAUAAAUGCCAAGUCCUGACCCACGGCACCCACCCGUCAUUUGUUCGUCCUCAGUGCAGGGCAACAGGACUUCGGACUCAAGAUGGUGGCAGUGGCCCUGUUGCUACAGUGCUGCCCAGUGCUGUCCCGGGGCCUCACAGGCCUCCUGGGCAAGGUGGUUAAGACUCACCAGUUCCUGUUUGGUGUUGGACGCUGUCCCAUCCUGGCCACCCAAGGACCAACCUGUUCUCAAAUCCACUUUGAGGCAACCAAGGCUGGAGGAGACUCUCCAUCUUCAGCCAAGGGCCACUGUCCUUUCAUGUUGUCAGAACUCCAGGAUGGGAAGAGCAAAUUUGUGCAGAAGGCAGCCCCAGAAAUCCAGGAAGAUGUGACGGCUUUCAAGAAAGGAAACCACGUCUUUGGUUAUGACCAGUUUUUCAGGAACAAGAUCAUGGAGAAGAAACAGGACCAUACCUACCGUGUAUUCAAGACUGUGAAUCGCUGGGCUGAUUCAUACCCCUUUGCCCAACAUUUCUCUGAGGCAUCUAUGUCCUCAAAGGAUGUGUCUGUCUGGUGCAGUAAUGACUACCUGGGCAUGAGCAGGCACCCUCGGGUCUUGCAGGCCACAAAGGAGACUCUGCAGCGUCAUGGAACUGGAGCUGGUGGCACCCGCAACAUCUCAGGCACCAGUAAGUUUCAUGUGGAGCUUGAGCAGGAGCUAGCUGAGCUGCACCAGAAGGAUUCAGCCCUGCUCUUCUCCUCCUGCUUUGUGGCCAAUGACUCUACUCUCUUCACCUUGGCCAAGAUCCUUCCAGGAUGCAUCAUAUACUCAGAUGCAGGCAAUCAUGCUUCCAUGAUCCAAGGUAUUCGCAACAGUGGAGCAGCCAAGUUUGUGUUCCGGCACAAUGACCCUGACCACCUGAAGAAACUUAUAAAAAAUUCUAAUCCAGAGACACCUAAAAUUGUGGCCUUUGAAACUGUUCACUCCAUGGAUGGUGCCAUCUGUCCACUUGAGGAAAUGUGUGACGUGGCCCAUCAGUACGGGGCCCUGACCUUUGUGGAUGAGGUCCAUGCUGUAGGACUGUAUGGAUCACGGGGUGCUGGGAUUGGGGAGCGUGAUGGAAUCAUGCACAAGAUUGACAUUGUCUCUGGAACUCUUGGCAAGGCCUUUGGCUGUGUGGGUGGCUACAUAGCCGGCACCCGAGACUUGGUGGACAUGGUGCGCUCUUAUGCUGCGGGCUUCAUCUUCACCACGUCAUUGCCCCCCAUGGUGCUUUCUGGGGCUCUGGAGUCUGUGCGGCUCCUCAAGGGAGUGGAAGGCCAAAUCCUGAGGCGGACCCACCAGCGCAACGUCAAGCACAUGCGCCAGCUAUUAAUGGACAGGGGCCUUCCUGUCAUCCCCUGCCCCAGCCACAUCAUUCCCAUCCGGGUGGGUGAUGCAGCACUAAACAGCAAGAUUUGUGAUCUCCUGCUCACCAAGCAUGGCAUCUAUGUGCAAGCCAUCAACUACCCAACUGUCCCCCGGGGUGAGGAGCUGCUGCGCCUGGCACCCUCCCCCCACCACAGCCCUCAGAUGAUGGAAGAUUUUGUGGAAAAGCUGCUGGUAGCAUGGACUGAGGUGGGACUGCCCCUCCAAGACAUGUCUAUGGCUGCCUGCAAUUUCUGUCGCCGCCCUGUGCACUUCAAGCUCAUGAGUGAGUGGGAACGUUCUUACUUUGGGAACAUGGGACCCCAGUAUGUCACCACCUAUGCCUGAGAAACCAGCUGCCUGGGAUCCUAACCCCACCUGCAUUUCACUUAGGGCUGGACCUACUUUCUGCUUCACUGUGUGCCUCUAGCUGACUUGAACCUGAAAAUAAAGAGCAAACUGCAACAUUUGUAGCUCUUUGUUGGACACAGGCAACUGCACUAGGUCUGACCUCUUCAGAGAAUUGACAGAGUCAUGAGGGAAACGUAGACCACUUGUCGGUCUGACCACCCCAUUUUACUCAUAAACGCC